AUGCGAAUACGGGGUAAAGUGAAAAAAAGAAACAAUGUACAUCGCAGGCAUCGAGCUAUUUUGCCGCCAUGCAAUUUCAAUGAAAGCCUUAUAGAGGACGAAUGGUCUUUGAUGGAAGCGAUUGGGAAGUCGAAGUUUAUUUUUACGGGUAAAGUUUUGACGGUAAAGAAGUUUAAAUCCGUGCAAGAGAUAAGGGGAAAAAGGUCGAAUUUGUAUAGAGUCUAUAUGCGUCGCGUUUUGAAAGGCAAUGAGUAUGAGAUAAGGGAUUCUGUUAAGCAAGAUGGGCCUAUGGACUCGUUGACUGGUUCUACGUUGUUGGCUGAACGUCCUCACGCUCGUGAAUCCUGCUCCCCAUCACCACGUCCUCGACUUUCAGCUAUUUUCUUAAGCGAUGGAGUCAUUUUUGAUAUGAACACUGGACUAAGUCCGCGAUUUAAACUCCUAACGGAUCCUGUCCCACUAACUCUCUACCAUUUGGAUCGAAUAAAUGCUGCCGUUAAAGGCGAUUAUAAAAAGCUCAGAGCGAGAUUAAACAAGGGCGAUAUUAAAUACUCAAGAGCCUGGGAAUUAUAA